AUGAGUAAUGCAUAAUUUGCAUAAAAAUUAUUGAGAUAUGAAGGAAGACUUUAUUCCUAGAAUUUGGAAAUGCAAAUAUAAACCUUACAAGAAGUUAAGUAAGAAUUUAAUGGAUAAUAUAAUCAUCAAAGUUUAAUGAAUAUGUUAGCUAAAUACUUUUCAUAUACAAGUAGUUUAGUUCAAAGAAUCAAAAUUAUUGAAAUCAUAUAACAAAAAUUCCCAAUUCUUGUAAAUCAUGUUGAGGAUUGGAAAUAAAUUGUCGAGUAUCUUUAAUAAGAGUGUUUUAGUAGCAAUCAUUAAGUAAAAUAUGAUUUUGAUUUUUAAGUUUAGGAUGUUAUCUCUCCAUGCCUUAAAUUCCAUAGUCCCAGUCUUGAAAGAACAAUAUAGCACUUUUCAUAUAGGAAUUUUUGAUAUUUUUAUCAAUGCCAGCUAUUAGAAAGAACUAUAUAUUGCUAGUCUCGCAUUACUAAAUACAGUCAGACUUCAUCAUUCCUACUCAUUUAUGAAUAAAAUAUCUUAGCUUCCUGAAAUUAAGAUAUUCAAAACCAAAAAGCUCACAAUACUUCUCAAAUGUACAUUAAUGGCCAGGGCUUAAUUUUGUAACACAUUUUGAUUUUAUUGAAUAGGUUUAUUUGAAUAACCAAUUAACGAAUUGUUAGCAAUUAUAAGACAACAGAUAUUGUAGGUACCCAUGUCAAAAGAAGUGUUACAUCUCUUAUACAAUUAUCUUAAAAUUGCUUCGCAUUUCAAAGACUAAGAAUCCUUCAUACUUAAAAUUCUAACAUCAGAAGAAACUAUAAACUGCAUUGGAUAAUGCUCUGAAAAGAUCUAAGAACUUUUUAGGUUAAGUUACAAACACUAUAAAUUGGAAUUCAAAAUAGUGUAUAUAAUUUAUGGAGAUCAAUAUUCAAAAAAAAACAUAAUAGAAUCUAUAUUAUAAUAUGAUAACUUAUACAAUUACACUCAAAGUUUAUCUACAGAAGACUUAAUCUCUUUUCAGGACUUGCUUUUUUAUUCAUAUGACUUUGCUUGUAAUGAAAUCGUCAAAACAGUAAGUGUUUAAACUGAAUAAAAAUUAAUUCAAGUUUUAAUCAAAUUAGAUCAUCUGAUAGGAUAAUUAUUCGAAAAAUAAAUUAACUUAAGUAAAAAACCAUUCUCCUCAUCUCAGAAAUGUUUGAAUAAAUUAUUAUUACUUUCUGUUUAAUUACUGUCUGCUUAAAUUACGUUCACUGAAUUCAAAGGAACCAACAGUUUAACCUUUAUUCUAAGUUUACUUAUAAAAAAUCAAAAUACUUAUCUGAUGUUAUAGUCAAUUAAGCUCUUGCUAUCAAUUAAUUAAGUUGAAUAAGCAACCUAUUUGGCCUCUUAAAUAAACAGUUAAAGUCCUUACACUUAAGUAUUUUUGAGUUAUCUUAAAUCAUUAUAAAACUAUGAAGAAUUUACAUAUUGGAAUGAUUUCUAAAUUAAUUCAACAUAGCAUUUGAUUAGACAGGAAAUUUAUGAUUAUUACCAAGAAUUUGAUAAAUGCUUGUAAGAAAUAUAAGAAAUUGAAAUAGACUAAGCUAUGGCUAUGGAAUUAUUUUAAAAAAUUACCUAUCUGCUAAACAAAACCACAAUUUUAAGUGCAAAAAUUGAGUUCUUUUCAAAUAGAGCCUAUGCAGAAGAUGCUACCUUCUUCUAAUUCAUUAUUUUAGAUAAGAUAAAUCUCUGUUUGUAAAGGAAUUAUCUAGAUUUAGAAAUUGAGUCUUUAAAUUACGAGAAUUCUAAUCUUAUAAUUCAAAAACUAAUUGAGUAUAACAAAAGUUUUUUUAUUAAAAAAUUCUUACCUAAUUUAAGAAAAGACAAGUUAAAAGAGUUUAUCAAACAAAUGAGAAAUUCUAUUUACAAUUAUCCAAAGAUUUUGCUACAAUUAAUCUAAACACCAAAUUUAGAGAUUUAAUGUAUUCAAGAAGAUUAGUAAGGGUCGCAUACUCUCCUAAGAUUUUAAGCUCAUCUAAUCUCAAAAGAAAAAAAGACAAACUGUCAAUUGUUUUUGGUUUACUCUGUGAAUAACUUUUAAGAAAUCUAAGUUGAAAUGAUUAUGAAAGAAUAAUCAUGUAAGUAUUUUAAUAUUAACUAUAGCUCUUUUGAAAAUCGUUGUUGAGGGUAAUUCGACUAUUGCAUAUCAAUUAAUUUGCAAAUAUUAAGGCAUUUUGGUUCUGCAAACAGAAGUUUAAAACAUGACUAUCAAUUGUGUAUAAAAUUGA